GAUGAUUUUUCUCGCGGGUCGGGCGAUCCAAGAAACGGUGGAAUCUGGUUCCGUCGGAAAAUCCUCAGGCGAAGAGGCGAAUGGCGACGGCUUCCGCGUCAGCUCGAAGCGGCAGAGAUGGUACGGCCAAGGCCAUGGUGGCCGAUCACAUUUCUCAGUCGGUACGAUCCACUUCAAAUCUCCUUCACCUGAUGCAGCAAUCGUCUCCGGCCCAGGCUCAGUUAAUUAAGUUGCCAAAGAACCUUUUGGCGAAAGCGCCUGCUAUAAAAAAUACUGGGAAAAUCUUAGAGCAGAUGCCGAAGGUGGUUUCAUCCUUAGAUGCAUAUGUAGAGAAGGGACUAGAAAGCAUUCCUCGUUUGCAGACUGUUGUGCAAUUACUUGCAAACAUGGAAAGCUGCCAGCUGAAAUCUCUCUCUCAAAUCCAACACCCUCAAGAAGAAAUCGAGUCUCCUCAUCAACUGAAAGAUGUGGACUGACAGUUCUGUGCUUCUUAAACGUGUCACCUACAUGUAAAGAUAAGACCAUCUCUAACCGUUUAUCUUCUUGUCCUUUGUCUGAAGGGAUGGUCUUAUAUGUUUGUUGUCUCAAUUUCAUUUGUUUAACUUUUUCCUCUUCACCACUGCACGACACGAAUCAAAAAGUUGGUUCUAAAUGCAUUCUAAACCAUGUUGCUAACUAUGUAAAGAAAAGAUAGUGUAAAUGCCACAUGUCCUUUUAUCUUUUUGUUUUUUGGUUGAACAGAAUGAUGGGGUUCCUUAAAUUUCAGAGUACCUCAAAUCCUUGUAAGAAUUUGCUUCUCCCUCCAUCUUUGAUGCUUUUGUGGGAA